AUGGUGGUUGCUCUCACCAUCGGUACCCGGGAAGACGAAGAAAACAACAGUUCUGGUCGCCAGGAUAUAUCUUCAUCUUCGAAGGCCAUCCAAACUAUCUGUGGAUCAACGGACUAUCAAGAUACGUGCGUCGAUACCCUCAAAUCUUCAGGCAAAAACACUAGUGACCCCAAAGAACUCAUCGAGCUCGCUUUUGAAGCAACAAUCAAGUACAUUGAAAAUGCUGCUAAGAACUCAACUGUCUUGCAAAAGCUUCAAAGCGAUCCCCGGGCAAAAUCAGCACUCAAUAAUUGCCACGAGCUAGCAAAUCAUGCGGUUAACGACCUCAGGAGAUCGUAUAACAAGUUUAAGGAAUUUGAUGUAGCUAAUUUUAGUGCCAUGCUGUCUGAUUUGAAGAUUUGGCUUAGUGGAGCCAUCACAUAUCAAGAAACAUGCUUAGAUGGAUUUGAAGAUGUCCCUGGAGAUGCAGAGGAGAAAAUGAGGGAGGCUUUGAAAAAUGCCAUGGAAUUAACAAGCAAUGGUUUGGCUAUGGUGACUGAAAUCUCGACUGUGAUCGAGUCUUUGGGUGUCCAAGGAUUUAACAAUCGUCGUCUCCUUUCCGAAGAUAUUCCUAUUAUGGGACAUCGUGGUGAAACUCCCGACUGGAUUGACAUUGAAAGGCGUGAACUUCUUAGUUCCAAGCCUAAGAAAAUCAAGCCUGAUCUUGUUGUAGCGAAGGACGGGUCUGGGAAGUACAGUACCAUUAACCAAGCCUUGAAAGACAUUCCGAAAAAUGGCAACAAGACUUUCGUGCUCUACAUCAAAGAGGGUGUAUAUGAAGAGAAGGUGCAGUUCAACAGCAGCAUGACUCAUUUGUUCGUGAUUGGUGAUGGCCCGACCAAGACGAAGAUAACUGGACAUCUGAACUUCAUAGAUGGAACUAACACCUACCAGACAGCAACAGUCGCCGUACAAGCUGACAAUUUCAUGGCCAAGGAUAUUGGGUUCGAAAACUCAGCUGGUGCCGAAAAGCAUCAGGCAGUGGCAUUGCGUGUUAGCGCAGACAAGGCAAUCUUCUACAAUUGUCAGAUGGAUGGCUACCAAGACACGCUUUACGCACACACGUACCGCCAAUUCUAUAGGGAUUGUGUGAUCUCAGGUACCAUUGAUUUCAUUUUUGGCGAUAGUGCUGCUGUUUUCCAGGGAUGCACAUUGGUGGUUCGAAAGCCUAUGGACAAUCAGCAAAACAUUGUGACAGCACAAGGCAGGAAGGACGUGCGCCAGCCGACUGGACUUGUCCUCCAAAACUGCACCUUCACUGCUGAUCCCGCAUACUAUCCAGUCCGCAAAACGCUCAAAUCAUACCUCGGCCGACCCUGGAAAGAAUACUCUCGAACCAUCAUCAUGGAGUCAUAUCUCGAUGAUCUGAUCCAACCACAAGGGUGGUUGCCAUGGAACGAGACGUUUGCUCUUGAAACGCUGUUUUACGCUGAAUUCAACAACAGAGGCCCUGCUGCACCUAAGGCACUGCGGAUUAAAUGGCCCGGGGUUAAGGAACUUCCAUCCAACCGGGUUGAACGCUUUACAGCAGCCGAGUUCAUUGGUGGUGAUGUAUGGAUACCUUCCACAGGGGUGCCUUAUGCUCCAGGCUUCAUAUUCUCAGUUCCAAAAGAAGAUCCAAAUGUGAAAUAUUCUCCCGUUGUACCAGAAGAAAACAGAGAUUUGGGGAAAACCGACCAAAAAGAAUCGUACAUUCCUUCAGAAAAGAAAGACAAAGACAAAGAUGAAGAUAAAAAGAAAGAAAAAGAUGAUGACGAAGAUGAAGACAAAAAGAAAGACAGAGACAAAGAUUCAGACAAAAAGAAAGAUUCAGGUGACGAGAAAGAAAAAUCUUCGGACAACUCCAAAUCUGAUUCUGGAUAUGAUUUUGUAAUCGUUGAGGUUCCCGCGCCAUCUACCAACAGUGACUCAGCCACGGUGCCUAGUUCAAUCGCAGCAUCUCCAUACGCGGCUGCACCAGCUCUUAGCCCAACCUCGCCACCCAAGCAAGAUAAAAAUUCGAUGCUGAAAAAGUUUUUCGGUUGGAUUUAA